AUGCCGGUGAUAUCAGAUGCCGCAAGUGUGGAUUUGGCACAUUUCGGUACCUCAGCCACACGUGCGCAACACGAUAUCGCAGAGGUCGUCUUAUCCCUUGUACGACGAUUGAAUAUACCACACAACAGCUCAAGUCCAGCAGGACUUGUCGAAGCCAAUACAGUGGAUCCCUGGAACGAGAGUGGCAAAUAUGCUCUGGCAUAUGUCUACUUCUGUAUACCACUGCUCGUCGUCGCUGCGCUGAUGCGAUACUACCACCUGUUCACGGACAAGAUCCGGACCGCAUUACACCAAGAAGAGGUACUACAAUCCUCAGCAGCCUCCUCCCCCGACACAGACUACGAGAUGUCGGUUCUCCAUACUGACAAGUCUACUAUGAAGUUCUUUCCUCGAGAAGGUGCAUUGCCAAGCGGGCCAAAGACGCAGUCGAGUGUUUCGUCAGUGGUGCCAAUCAACAACCUAGUGGCCCUAUUCCGAUUCGUUUUCUACCGACCAAUUCGACAGAUCAACAUCCGUAAAGGCUGGCGACCGCUUGUGUUUCCCUCUUUGAGCGUUGUCGUUAUUGUAUUCCUUGCGUUUGCAGUAGGGUUGCUCUACAGCUGUCUGCCCCAGCCACUGUUCUGGAAGAGCAUCGCCUAUGGAUCGCCUCCACUUGCCAUCCGGUCUGGCAUGAUGGCAGUUGCCUUGCUACCGUGGAUCAUUGCGCUUUCUAUGAAGGCUAACCUCAUCACAUUGGUCACCGGUAUCAGCCAUGAGAGGCUGAACGUCUUGCACAGAUGGGCGGCGUACUUGUGUCUUGUGCUCAGUAUCCUGCACACUGUACCCUUUUACGUCAAUCCAAUUUGGGAUAAGGGUGCGCGAAGAGUCUUCGAAAGCUUCUUCCAGCAGGAUGGCUUUUACGCAUAUGGUACCGGUAUCGCCGCUCUUGUCCCUCUGUGCUUCCUUUGCACGCACUCUAUUGCCCCACUCCGCCAUCGAAUGUAUGAGCUUUUCGUCGCUCUCCACGUACCAGUCGCUAUCGUCUUCCUUGGCAUGAUGUUCUGGCACUGCAAUAACUAUCUGUCCUCCUGGCACUACCUUUUCUCAACGCUCGGCAUAUGGCUGUUAUCCUAUUUCAUGCGGCUUUUCUACCUCAAUUGGACCAACUCUUUUCGGCUAUCAUGGCUUAUUGGUGAUGAAGCUGCGGUUACCCUCAUGCCAGAGAAUGCUGUCAAGAUCACGAUCCCAACCCAGACGAAAUGGAGACCGGGGCAGUACGUUUACAUACGAAUGCCUGGUAUUUCAGUGUUUGAGAACCAUCCCUUCACCAUCGCAUCGCUGUGCGAUGACGAUUUCCCAUCAGAGUAUGGCGAGGGCUACAGAGACAUGGUCCUUGUCUUCAGACCCUUCGGUGGAUUUACCAAGAAGGUUGUAGAGAGCGCAUUGACACAUGGACCCUGGCAUACAUACCGUACUUUCGUGGACGGGCCUUACGGAGGCAUGCAGCGACGUAUCGAAGCCUUUGACGAUGUUGUACUCAUUGCCGGUGGCAGCGGCAUCACCGCGAUCAUCUCGCAGUUACUCUGCCUCAUCAAGAAGAUGCGCGAUGGCAAAGCUGUGACGCGCAAGAUUCAUGUUGUUUGGGCAUUAAAGCGCCCCGAGACACUGGAAUGGUUCAAAGAAGAGCUGCGCAUCUGCCGAGAGUUUGCGCCACCGGAGACUGUAGAGUGCCAGUUUUACAUCACAGCAGCAAAGCGCAUUGUAGGAGGCGGACUCGUCAGUGCGAAAACGCCAACCCGCCCUGUCUCGAUGUUCUUCCACGACAAGGUCAACGACGCUUUCAACAACAUCGCCGACAACCGUCUGUCCGGAAUAUCAGGAAUCUCCUCGAAGCGCCACUCUGCCUUGAUCCGCGACGUGGCUCAAGGCGACCCUGAGAAAGAGAGCGAACUUCGCCGUGAAAACGAAGACCAUAUCAUGUCACUCCCACAGUCACAUGUGAAGCACCUGGCACCCCCGCGGCCGAGCUAUCAGAGCAGCCACUCUGGCCGGUCCACAAAUGACGACACAAUCUCCCCGGCCCCUCAUCCGAUUGCUUCGCGACGAACAGACCGCAACCUCUCCCUUGAUAUCUCGCAAGCCAUCAAAUCCGGCUCUGGCGCCAUUAACCCCAACGUUUACGAUCUCAGUGGCUCCUCGAAUGUCCAGGGGUUCGACUUCGGCUUCCCCUCCACGCCAACCGAAUUCCAGAAGAACCUGAUGCGCUUUGCUUUCCUGCCCGCAGCUGUCAAGAAGAAAGAUGGCUGGAGCACGGAGUACGGACGCCCCGACAUACCAUUCUUGUUGAAGGGACUCUCACGCAACUUUGGUCGGCGAACGUGCGUCUUCAUCUGCGGGCCACCGAGCAUGCGCGUUAGUGUCAGCGAAACGGUCGCAAAUUUGCAGAGAAGUGUAUGGAAUGAUCCUAAUAGAGAUGAGAUAUUCUUGCAUGCGGAGAACUAUGCGCUAUAG